UGGGACAUUAUGACUGCUACAGAAGAAUGAGGAAAUACUAUGGCAACUGCCGCAGGAAACGUCAGAGCAAACUGCCGCUAGGAGCCAGAACUCCACGUGGCCACUUCUGGUGCAGGAUAACGAACGACUAUGUAACCUGUAUGUACAGCGUGACGGCUCUGGGAUGUUCAAUCGAUGCUGCUCAUACCUAUCUCGUUCUCGUCAACGGCACAUUGACGUCACUUCCUCACACAGGACCCGUAUGUACACUGAAAAAUCCAUUGGACAUAUUGAAAACCACAACUACACAGAAUCCAGUGACGUCACCACACUAUCUUCUUCGGUUGUCUUCGCCAUAUGCCGGAAGAUACCCAGCUGCAAGGUCAAGGGCGACGCACAGUUGUGAAUAUCAACUGAGUUUAUUUAUAUUCUGCUGUUUGAUAGUGAAUAUCCUCAGGAACUGUCGCUAGAGAAUCUAUCCACAUGGUUUUAACAUCAUGCCCUAUAUAUAUGUAUAAAUGAGAAUGACAAUGUAUGUUCAACAUGGACUUCCACAUCUGUUGCAGUCGUACCUGAAAAUAGAACUCGGACUCGACAUUCGGAUUUCCUCGGACGUUUGUGACAAUGUGCAUGUUUCUACGUCACAAUAUCACAGCUGAACGUACGAAACAUGAUUUAUCUGAGGUGUUAUUGGUUUACAAAUGCGGUGCCAGUUUGGGCACUUGAGGUUGAGUCUUAA